AUGACGUCUUUUCCGACCACGCUAGCCGAAUAUUACAACACGACGUACUCGAAAUGCGCCCAAAUGUUCGGACUAAUCGACUCGCCCGAGUUCCUGUCAAUCGGAUCAAAGUCGCUGGCGCUCGUGAUCAUUCCGAUCAACUUGUUCGGAUUUCUGUGCAUUCUGUGUCGGACGCCCAAGUACAUGAAGGGAUUCAAGUGGCAUCUGAUGCACUUGCACUUUUGGUAAGCCCGCACGGCGACAAAAAACGUAAAAAGGGGCGUGGAGCCUAGCGUGCACCGUUUUAUCACCAUUUUGGCGCGAAAUUCGAAAUUUAACCCCAUUUUUCAUGUUUUUCGUAAAAAAUUACCCAAAUUUUGUACGGGUUUCGACGAUGUAAUUGCAUAACUUUGUUAAACAAAUCACCGCGCACUUUUUGAGCUUAAAACGAGCACGUUUCAUUCAGAAAUGAAUCAAUUGAAUCGAUUUUCAAGUUUUGUGCUGAAAAUGCGCGAAUUUCAGUCAUUCGCCGAUACUUUUUGCCGUUUGAACGCUUAAAAUACUCGAAUUAACGUGCUUAAUCACUUCCGACACUCAUUUCGUCUCAAAACUAUCCACAUCGGCCGGUAUGAAAAUUCCGAAUUGCGAAUGAUGCCAAAAACGUCUCAAACGCGGCGUUUUCACGAAAAUUUCAAUAUUUUCUCUCUUUAAUGUCUUCUUUCGUCGAUAUAAAACGCAAAAAUAUCGGAAAACUGCUGGAAUUGCGGCAAUUUUCAAGAAACGCGUCUCAGAAUAGGCCACGCCCCUUUUUACACUUUUGGUCGCCGUGAGCCCUACUUUAUUUCAGACUUGCCAAAUUACGGGCCGGCCCGGUCGGCCCGGCUCAAAAGGCGCGAAUUCAAAUUUUUGGGGGAAAUCUAUUUUUUCGUUUUUUUGCGGGGAUCAAAAUUAAAAAAUUUGCAGGGAUCAAAAUUAAAAAUUGCUUUCAUGCCAAUAAAAACUAUUUUUGAGAACUACAUUUCUUUUUUAUGCUCGAUACUUGCAAAAUUCGUUAGUUCUACGAAAAACAAACAUUUUAUUUCAUCAAUAGUUCAAAAUUUGGAUUCCCGCUUUUUGAACCGGGCCGGAGUUUUGAAAAUUUCGGCCCGGCCCGGCCCGUGGCAACUCUGCUUUAUUUAUUGUGAAACAAACGUUGAUAUUAGGUUUCUAAUGCUGACCACGUGCUACACCCUCCUCACCACUCCCUAUCGCUUUUAUCCGGCUGAAGUCAGGUGCUCUGUUGGGUUGUUCCGAUCACUCGGGAUUCGGUCCGAGUAUCAGGUGAUGAGCGUUCAGUUUGUGUACGGAGGAAUCGUCUCUGCGGUUAUUAUGCUCUUCGAGAACCGACAUCAACACUUGGUACCGCCUACGGACAUCUUUUAUCAUAUCCGUGACACUCAUCGAAUUGUACUAGGGGUUUUGAACUUUUUCUUGGGAAGCGCUAACUUUCUGCCGGCGCUCAUGCACUUUGUGCUCUCGGAAGAUCGUCAAGAACAGCUAAAGUUAGCCUACCUCCAACUGGUCCCCUGCCCCACAGAACUCUACUUCGAUGCAUGUUCCGUCGCCUACGACCCAUCUACAAAUGUCUGGAGCGUGGUGGCCGCGGCCGCCAACUGGACAUCCGUUGUUCAAUUGAUAUUUUUCAUCGCUCACAGUUUCUGGUACCUACGGAAGGCUCGGCAGAUGAACACCUUCUCGGACCGAACGAAACGGCUUCAGAAGGCGUUUUUCACGGCGGCUCUCGCUCAGGUGUCUGCUCCGAUUUGUGUGAUUGCGGCUCCGUUGGCUGUGCUCAGCUAUGUCAUGGCUAGCGGACAGUACUUGCAAGGUGAGAGAGCUUCAACACGUACCCCCCUACACGGUCUCCAGAGCUGACAAUGGGCGCAAGUGCGCCCCGCCCAAUAGAGCGAUACAUUGGCGCGAAAUUCAAAUUUUAACAGCGCAAAAUUUGUGUUUUUUGCCAGAUUAGCCACGAAAAAUCGAUAAUUUCUCAUUUGUCUCUCGAUAGACCGAUUGUAUAGGCUAUUACGAAUUGUUUAAGCGCAAGAGCGUUAAAUUUGGUCACGUCGCAAAUCACAUUUAUCCGCUUGAAGGUUUUGGGCUAAAACUGAGUGAAUUUCAGUUGCUUUUCGGUAAUUUUCGCGGUUCGACCGCUCAAAAUGUUUGUAUUUACGUGAUUUAUCAUUCUCAAAACCAAUUCUCUCUGAAAACGGUCAAGAAAGCGCAAAAUGAGAAGUGCGGUUUUUAGGCGGCGAAGGCGGCGAAGGCGAAAAAGCAAAGUCCUCGAAAAGCGCGCCAAAACGUCAUAAAUUCUGUGGGAAUUAGUGUGUUUCCAUGUCGAACAAUCAUUUUUCAUCGCCUUUGACGACAAAAAUCAGAGAAAACCUGCUCAAUUCAUGAAAACGCCAUUUGGCCGCCGAGGCCACGCCCAUAUUGUCAGCUCUGGAGACCGUAGCCCCUAUAAUAGAGUUAUUCAGGCUGUAAAAAAAAAUGAUUGUUUUCCGUUUUUUUUUCGUUUUUUUACGUCAAAAAAUCCAAUUCAGCGAUGUAAAAAAAACGAAAAAAAAACGGAAAAAAAACAUACGCUGAAUAGCCCCAUAAACAAAAGUGUUUCAGGCCUGAUCAACGUGUGCAUCCUGGCCAUUCCCGCCCAUAGUCUCUUCUCCACAGCCGCUCUCCUCUACUUCAUCACUCCCUAUCGAACGUUCGUCAAAAGUUUGCUGCGGAUAGACGGCGGCGCACAUGACCAUCCAAAAGUUCGAGUGACCAUGGUCUCCAGUGUAUGA